AUGGCAGCAGUCAGCAAGGUCCAGGCUGAGACAUCUUCUAAGCGCUCCUGCGAGAUGGGCGACGAAAACGACAUUGGCACGGUGGAAUCUCUUAGCCCCGAGGAGGAGAAGAAACUUAUCCGCAAGAUUGAUAUGCGUCUCAUGCCUCUCCUCAUCGUGAGCUACGGCCUCCAGUAUCUCGAUAAGACUAGCUUGGCAUACAGCGCCAUCCUGGGACUUAGAGAGGACCUGCACCUCGUGGGUCAGCAAUUCAGCUGGACCUCAAGCAUUUUCUACAUCGGCUACCUCGCCGCAUCUUACCCCAUCUCUCUUGGCUUCGUCAAGUUUCCCCUUGGAAAGUAUCUCAGCAUCCUAAUGUUCAUCUGGGGCAUCGUUCUUACCCUCCACGCCGUAGCGCCCAACUAUCCGAGCCUCAUGGUCCUGCGAACACUUCUCGGUGUGUUCGAGAGUGCCAUUAGUCCCGGAUUUUCCCUCAUCACGGGAAUGUGGUAUACCCCUCACGAGCAUGUCUCGAGGCAUUCGUUCUGGUUCGCUGGCAAUGCAUCGGCUAGCAUAGUCGGGGCCAUGAUCGCAUACGGGAUUCUGAAAUACGAGGGCUCGCUUGCCAAAUGGAAGAUGCUGUUUCUCAUCUUCGGCCUCAUCACAAUCGCCUGGUCCGUGGUUAUGUUCUUCUACCUACCCGACUCUCCUACAAAGGCCAAGUUCCUCACGCCGUCAGAACGCGAGUUUGUUUCGCUCCGGCCGAAGAAAUUCCAGAGGACGACUCAGACCCGGAAAUGGGACCGCGGCCAGUUCGUCGAGUGCAUGAAGGAUGUCAAAUCCUGGUGGUUCUUCUUGUUUUCUUUCAUCAUCUGUGUUCCCAAUGGAGGGACAACCAGUUUUAGCACUAUUGUUAUCAAGAGCUUCGGUUACGACGAGCUCCAGACUAUUCUUAUGGGUCUUCCUGCAUCCGCAUUCCAGCUCACGACUGUCAUCAUUGUUGCCUUCGGUACUUCAUAUAUCCGCAAAUCUCGCCUUUCUGCCCUCGUUUUGAUUUAUUUGAUGGCCAUCGGAGGAAUUCUCAUGAUCAAGCUCCUCCCAGCGGCUGAGAAACUUGCUCGUCUGGCAGGCUUCUGGCUGAUCAUGGCCGUUGCGCCCGCGUUUCCCCUGAUGCUCUCGCUAUCUGCCAGCAACAUUGCAGGAUUCACCAAAAAGUCGACUGUGAUGGCCAUGAUUUUUCUGGGCUACUGUGCCGGAAAUCUGGCUGGCCCGCAGUUCUUCAUCGCCACCGAGGCACCGAGCUAUCAUACCGCAUAUACCACCAUCCUGGUCUGUUUUGCCAUUACCAUUGCACUGGUAGUUGCCCUGCGUCUGUAUUUGUCCUGGGAGAAUGGCCGCCGCGACAAGGAGCAGGGCGUGUAUGUCGACCCAGAGGAGAUUCGACAUGUGGAUCUGAAUGUUGAUGGAACGCUGCUCCAAGUGGAUGAGACGGAUAUUCAGAACAGAAGUUUCAGAUAUAUCCUGUAG